AUGUUUCAAUUAGCUGCUGGAGAAAAUCUUAUUCUAGCAGGUGACUUCAAUAUAAAACCAUGGGAUAUCUGUUAUCAAGUUUUAACAGAGAAUAAUUAUGGUGGUUGCAAUUUACCAAAAUCCAAUACUUAUGAAAUUUCUUAUCGACCUAAUUGUGAACAAGUAUUAAAGAGCGCCUAUCGAGAGAAAAAUGGAGCCGAACCUGUUUACACAAAUUUUUCUGAUACACUACCAUCACCAAAUUUUUGCGCUACACUCGAUUACAUUUUUUUUAAUGGUCAUCUUACGGUUGAAAAAGUAUUGGAAUUACCGGAUCAUCCUUCUGGUGAAUCUUAUCCGGAUGAAACUCAUCCUUCAGAUCAUCUGAUGAUUGCAGCAUCAUUUCAAUUAUCGUAA